CUCGCCUCGGAACCAAACAUCGAACUCGUCGUGCAACGUCCCCUAGCUGGCCGCUAUUGUCGCCCAUGUCUGCUUGGUGAAACGAGUCAUCUUCUAAUCUUGCAACACCUAAUUCCGCAGAGGCGUUUCCUACAAAGCAGCUGCCUGCCACCACGCCCGACCGCAAGCGCCGGCAAUUGGAAUCUGUUCUGCGCGUGUUUGCCGCAACGAAAAAGGUCCAUCCAGCCUGCCCCGGAGCUUGCGCGUGUGGUGGAGCGUCGCUCUCGUAAUCGCGCCACAGGGUUCAGCCACGCCGCCUCCCUGUCCUGCUCAGGUGCCGGCGCCAGCUUUCUUGGAUGAGACUACUGUUGGGCUCACCCUGACCCACACAUAUUCGGCAGCCCUACCCCUGAAGUUGGCUGAGUGUGUACAGCACCGGUACAGGAUAUCGCCGUCCUAUAGUCCAAAAAGGACCGGCUUCCAUCACCAAGCCGAUAUGUCGGCCGCCCAGGCCGUUCCGCGUGCUGCAGCGGCAAAGGGGAGCGCAAAACCGAACGCAAAUAAGGGAGCGCAGAACCAGAAUUCUCCCAAGGUGUACGCCCAGCUACAUUUCGAGUUCAGCGAUGGCAAAGGCUACGACAUGGCCACUCUCCAAUCCACAGACGGCAACACCAAACUUGCCCUGGACCCUGACGGCCAACUGAAAUGGGAACUUGGUCUGGGGGCCUCUCUGAAGUUCAACUGUGGAACCCCUAGCGAUGAAACGUCAUAUAUCGCUCGUUUACCGAAAGGCUUCCAUGUCAUCAUUGAUCCAAAAAAAGGAGAGAGGUUCAUCGUUGGCCAUGUCGGUGGGACCGGUCGAGAUUUUUGGUACCGCAGUGUGGCAGAAUUCGUCCCUCACCUGCUAUGGCUGAGUGCUCCUGCACCUCACGAUCGAGCGAGAUGCUCGUGUGAGCCAUGCAAAAAGAUGCUGGGAAAGCCCAAGGCUAAAGAGACCAAGAAGGCAACCGCGGCAGCCAAGCGUAAGGCUGCCGCCACCGCCGCACCGCGCACAGCCCCCGCUUCUGCCACACCCGCCGCUGCCAGUACUUCUUCGACAGCCCCGGCAGGAGCUGCUGCGGUGGCUGCCAAGGCGACGGCGGCUCCUACCGAGAGCCCCGUACCAACAUCCGCACAACCUGUCCCUCCCACUCCUGCGGCUGUAGCCAUCCCCGCCGAGGCCCCAGUAGAGCAUGUGGAUGUUCCGGACCAUUCUAUAUACCGGGUGGGGGAGAUGGUGUGGUUUGGUUCACAAACAGGGGUUUGGAGGCUCGGGGUAAUUGCAGCGCCGCACCGCAGCACCGGAACGCCGUCAACAGACACAUGGGUUGUCGCACCGCUGGGCCACGCGAUGCUCAGGCAGGAGAGCUGCACCAAGUCGGCCGCUGAGAUGAAGCCGUUCCUCGCCUUCAGCCUCCCGAGCAUCGACGUGCCGCAGCUGCAGGGUAUGACGUUUGCCGAGGUGGACUGGGCGUCCUUUGUUCAGCAGUACGCCGGCUCGGACCCGCACAAGCGCCAGGUCGCCGGGCUCGAGGCGUCCAAGAUAGCAGCAAAGGACGCCAGCGUCUCGUACAGCACCUUCAACCGCACCGCCGACGGCUACGGCGGCGUCUUCCUUGGCCCCGAGCUGGUGCGGCUGGGCGACGGCGUCCGGGUGCGGCGGUACGUCGGCGAGCUCGACGGCGGCGUCGACAUCAUGGAGGUCAAGCGCAUCACCGACGCCCCCGGCGGCCAGCACCUGACCUUUUCCGGCGACGUCUGGCGCCUGCAUGUCUCGCCCUUCGAGGCGCCGCCGCCCCCAGCCUCAUCCCAGCCUGCCGGCCCUGUCUUUGUCCGGCAGCUCGAGACGUAUAACGAGGUCCUCCGCCUGCAGGGCGGUCGCGUCGACUGGGUCCUAGUCGAGCAGGGCGCUGAGAGGCCCGAGGAGGACGUGCACGGCCGCUUCUACGUCACGUUCGACCUGCUGCCCGAGAUGCGCGACAGCGUCGUGGCCGACAACCCGCCCGAGGACGGGACCGCGCUCCUCAACCUCCGGCUCCGGCCCGGGGAGACCUUCUACCUCGGACGGAGGGAGAGUCGCAAGGCCACCUUUGGAAACUCUCUCUGCGUCGAUUUUGGCGUCGGUCGAGGUAUUGUUGAAGGCUGAGUCUCUGCGUCUUGUGCGGGAUUCCCUCAGCGUUGGUUAGAUAGACGGGUGUGUUCUGGGCUAGCGGUACGUGUGACGUGGCGUUCAAUGAGGCCUGUUCUGAGUUAAUGCUAGUGAAGAGGCGCAUGGGUAGGAUAUCCUACGUAGAAAGAAACGAAUACAACUUCGGGAAAAUGCCUCGGGCGGCGGUCUCGCCAGUGCUUUAAUAGCGUUGCUAGCUCGGGUAGAAAUGGUGAUAUAAUCACAACGACUCUACCUUGAAUCGUUCACCGCUACCAAUCUUUUCGACCCAUAACUCGGCGACAU